AAUAAUAAUAAUAAUAAUAAUAUAUAUUGUAUAUGUUUGUGCGUUCACUAAUUAUUAUUAUUAUUACCAACGACACCUUGUGAGGUACAUCUUCAUACCAAGUAAUCGGCGUUUGUGAAACCGUUUUUGUUGAUAGAAAAGAAAAAUUCGAAACAGUUGUCGAUUACACAAUGUAGAAUAAAAAACGAUCUCACACCGAUCAAGUUUAUUUUGUGUUUCACCUCCUUUCCCCCGGCUGUUAAAAUGAUCAUCUACAAUUUGAUCGGAGCUUUGACGUCAGAUUCUAACACGCUGUGGAUGGCGCUAUUCUUGCUCACGGUCCUCGGUCUGUACUUUUUAUACUCCAACUUUUCCAAAAAUCGUGGAAAACAGAUUUCACUAUUACCAUCGGUCACAAGAAGCGAAUGGGCCUCAUUAAAUGUGUCGCUAAAACUUGCCAGUUUCGGACCACGAGAUAUUUUGCCGUAUUUCGAUAACGUUAUCAAAAAGUACGGGUCGCUGGUCCAUUUAAAAAUCAUAGCACGUCACUAUGUCAUCAUCAAUGAUCCGGAUGAUAUAAAGGUACUACUGUCUAGCGUACAGCACAUUACGAAAGGUCCCGAUUAUGAGAUGCUUGAACCAUGGUUGAACAAAGGGCUACUAACCAGCACGGAUCAAAAAUGGCAUUCUAGGAGAAAACUGCUAACAAACACUUUUCAUUUUAAAAUUUUGGAAACUUACAUGCCAUCACUUAAUAAGCACUCCCGUUCGCUGGUCAAAAAUCUAAUCAACGCGUCAGACAACGGUAAAUCCAUAGCAGAUAUCGACUCCCACGUAACUCUCUGUGCUUUGGACAUCGUGUGCGAAACAAUUAUGGGUGUAAAUUUACGUACUCAGGAGGGUAAAUCAACAGAUUACGUUAAAGCAAUCAAAAGUGUCAGUCACAUACUAAUCAAGCGUAUUUUUACGUUUUGGUAUUGGAACGAAAUUGUUUUCUAUUUUAGUAGCAUCGGUAGAGAAUUUCGUAAAUCACUAAAGUUAUUACACGAUUUCACCGAAAAUGUCAUAAGAGAGAGAAGAAAAAUAUUAGAAAACGCAGAACAAAAUAAAACUGAUGGAAACGGAAAGAAACAGAUAUAUUCAUUUUUGGACCUUCUUGUCGGCAUUUCCAAAGAAAACCCGGGUACGAUGACCGAUAAAGACAUACGAGAAGAAGUAGAUACGUUUCUUUUCGAAGGACACGACACGUCUUCAAUAGCUAUUACUAUGGCUAUAAUUCAUUUGGGGCUCAAUCAAAACAUGCAAAAUUUGGUCAGAGAUGAGCUAUACGAAAUAUUCGGUGACAGUGACCGGGACGCAACAAUGGAAGAUCUCAAAGCGAUGACAAAUUUAGAAAGAGUGAUAAAAGAGACAAUGCGACUUUAUCCGAGCGUGACGGGUAUCACGAGAACUCUCAAAGAACCGCUUCACCUCGACAAGUAUACUAUACCUUCUAAAACAGUGAUGGUGGUUAUCCCUCAUCUAUUACAUCGCGACGAAAACAUUUAUCCCAAUCCGGAAGAAUUCGAUCCCGACCGAUUUUUACCCGAACAGUGUAGUGGACGUCAUCCUUAUGCAUACAUACCGUUCAGCGCCGGGCCAAGAAAUUGCAUAGGUCAAAAGUUUGCCAUGUACCAAAUGAAAACAGUAUUGUCUACGAUCUUGAGGUACACCAUCGUGGAGACGUUGGGGACGCAAAAGAGUAUAAUCAUCAGUACACAGUUGAUAAUGAGAGCAGAUUACUUGCCGAACGUGAAAAUAACACCAAUCUCCAACAAGAGUAUCGCACGUCAUAUAUUAUGAUAACUACUAAUUAUAUAACCAUAAUAAUUUAAUUUAAAUGUAAAUAUCAUGUAAAAUGUA